CUUGGCAUCUUUUUGGUCAUCCAAUCAAGCAAUCAUCCUCUUACGGACGACGAUCGCUUCCAUAAUACGUUGUGGACUUUUGCAGCUUUAACGUUCUUCUGCUGUCUUCGCGUUUCGCAACAUUUGGGAAGCCUAGCGUUGCGACUCAUUGCUAAAUCCCCGGUUACCCAGUCACAGUUUACGAUAUGAGCUUCGGAGGUUUCAACGCCAACAGGGCAAAGGUUCAACUGAAGCUUGCCAUAAACCGCCUAAAGCUUCUCCAGCAAAAAAAGACCCAACUGAAUCAAGUUGCCAGGAAGGAGAUAGCUCAGCUGUUGGAGAAGGGAAAGGAAGAUAGUGCUCGAGUCCGAGUAGAGCACAUUAUCCGUGAAGAUUUUAACAUUGAAGCAAUGGAGAUACUGGAGCUCUACAGCGAACUCUUACUAGCGCGGUUUGGAUUGCUAGAGUCGAUGAAGCAUUGCGAUCAGGCUAUAGCAGAAGCAGUCAACACAAUCAUCUAUGCAGCACCUAGGAUGGAAGUUAAAGAGCUCAAUUCGGUGCGAGACCAGGUUAUUAUGAAGUUUGGCAAAGACUUUGCCAUGGCGGCUAUGGAGAACCAAAAUGAUAUUGUCAAUUCCCGGAUUGUGCACAAGCUCAAGGUACAAACGCCGGAUCCAGUUCUCGUCAACCAAUACCUCAAGACCAUAGCAAAGGCAUACAAUGUUCAAUGGGACGGUGGUUCAGAUGGAGUUCUCGAGUCGGUGCCAGCUCCACAGCUCACGGACAUUCCAUACACCUACCCCCAACAGUACGCUCAAACAAGCGCACCCGAAGCCUUUGCCCACCCACAAUCGUAUCCACAACAGUACCCCCAGCAAUAUCCAUCACAAUAUCCGCAGCAGCACCCUGAUCAAGGAUUUCCUGGUGGAUUCAAGGAUCCCUAUGGGCGACCUGCUCCUAGUGCCCCUACGGACUCGUAUAAUGAGAUUCCUGACUUUCCGGGUGUGCCAUUGGGCCAUGGCGCUCCAGCACAUGCGCCACCAGGUGCAACUGGAUUUGGAGGAGGACAGGGUCCUGAUAUGGGUGCAGGCGGGGAUUCAGAGUCGUUGCCAAAUUUUGACGAGUUGACCAAACGAUUUGAAGCUCUGAAACGUCGCAAAUGAUCAUAACUUACGCCCACCACGUUAUCCAUAUUUUAUGGUUUAGCUCAUUGGAAAUUUGGGUGGUAAUGUUAGCAUGUCGGCACUGGAGGCAUGUGAGGGCAAAAGAUUGCGUGCUAUUUAUCUAUACAAAGGAUUUCCUAUUCUACAUCUUGGCGUCUGCUAGAUUAUACCCCUUCCAUCGUUCCGCCCACGCCUUUAUCAAUUGAUGUGCAAUGGCAUAAGGCGGUGGUAUUCUAAGC